UGCCAGCAGGUGGACUCUGAAAGAUCUUAACAGGCUUUGCACUUCCUGUGGAGGUGGUGAGAAGAACAAAGCUAGUCAAGGUGUCUUUUCUUUCUCCUGUCCCACUAACUGCUAAAUUAUAGCCUCCAGCUUCUCUCCAUCCCACCCUGCAGACUUGUAGGGGAGUAACAUGGAGUGGAAGAGGAUAACUGUCAUUGCUAUCCUGCAGGCCUUGGUCCCAAUUACAGAUGCUGAUGCACUAGGACUAGCAGAUCCAAAACUAUGCUUCAUUCUGGAUGGAAUCCUCUUAAUUUAUGCUAUAAUCAUCACUGCAUGUUUCAUAAAGGCAAAGUUAAGCAAAGAACCUCCUGAACAUACAUCUUCUCAAAAUGCAGAUGACCUAUAUAAUAAAUUAUCUGCCGGACGCAGAGAUGAAUAUGAUUCACUAGGAGUUGGAAAGGCAGAUGCGGACAUUGAAAUGGGAGGGAGAAAACAGCAUAGAAGAAAGCAAGCUCAGGACAAAGUUUACACUUCUCUGCAGAGGGAUAAGAUGGGUGAAGCGUAUAGUGAAAUUGGAAAGAAAGGAGAGAGGCGCCGUGGCAAAGGCACUGAUACUGUUUAUCAGGGUCUCAGUGCAGCAACAAGGGACACGUAUGACGUCCUUCAAAUGCAACAGUUGCAGACCCCUUACUAGCUGAAUUCAAGAUGAGGGGAAAAAAGAAACAACAGGAAUCCUGAUCACCAUUCAAGAUAAUGGGCCACCAAUGCAGUUGUCAUUGACGAUUGAUGGCUCUUGCUUAUUAAUGAAAAAGGGAGAAAUCCUUUGUAUCAAUUUUCAAAUUGCAGCUUUUAAAUAUGUACAUAUCUGUAAAGUUCCUGCUAUAUGUAUAGUUCUCAGGCAAAUUUUAAGAGUAGAGGUCGUGGUUGCUUUUUCUCUAGGAAGAUUUACUACCUGAGGUAAAAAAUGCAUUUCUCAUGUGGCAGAUGCCAACUUUAAUCACACAAAGCAUUUGGAGCACCAGCAGAGUAACUAAUAACUGUUCUUUUGGGCUGUAAAUUAUAUAUAAUGUUAUAGGAAGUUUGUACUUGUACAAAGUAGUGUUAGACUUUCAGGUGAGUGGAUAGAACUGGAAGAUAUGAUAAGGAUGUAUGUAUCCUUAUUGCUUCAGAUGUGCCACAAGACAAGAGUAGAUGCCCUGCAGCUGUUCUCGACAAUGUGACUUUAAAAUAUUUAGGACUACAACUCCAAUCAGCCUUUCCCAAAAUGAGCACUGGUCAGGGAUGAUGGAAGUUGUAGUUGAGAUAGGCAUGAGAUUGGGAAAAGCUAGUUUAGAGUUUAACUGCAAAUUAAUUAAUUCAUGCAGUGCUUAGGACAUAAUGGUUAUUGCUGAUGGUGCUGUGAAGAAGAGAUGAAAAUCUGAUUACAAUGUCAGUAUAUGCACCGUUCCACAAAUGAUCUCUGUGAAUUGCAGAUUUCCUUUGUUCUGAUGAUAAUUUACAACACUGUUCGAUUUUCUUCUGUAUCAUAAAGCAAAUGGCUAUGAAAAACUGUUUGAAUAAAAGGUCCUUUAAAAAUACAA